GUUUGAGCUGGCGCGAAAACAGUUUGCACAGUAGUCAGUUCAACGAUAUUUUUCUCGUUAACAGUUGGUAUUUUAAAAAGUAAACAGACUGUCGCUACAAUCUCUAAAAUGCCUAGGAAAAGAGUAAUUCCAAAAACUGUAACGUGGUUGAGUGAAGAAAUACAUGAACCUCAAAGUUUAACGCCUACAUUUCAUCAUUACACGAAAUUUCAGUUUGAGAACAUUAUUGGAGAGAUUGGUGACUAUGUGCUUAUAUCGAAUGCUGAUGCUGCUGAACCAGACACAGAAGCCGGUUGCGAUGCAGCACGUAUUCUCUCUUUGUAUGAAGAUCGUAGUAACUCUACUGACCCGUUCAGAGCUAAAGUUCAAUGGUACUCGAGGCCUGCGGAUCUGCCCAACUGGUGCUUUAGUCAUAUGGAACCUAUUAGUUUUCAUGAAAAAGAGGUGAUAGAAGACCAUCGCCCCUUCAAUCAGGAUGUGUCAAUAGAAACUUUCUUUAAGAAAUGCUCCAUCACUCUCACAUUCACUAAAGACAUGGAUGAAACUAUCACAGAGCCCUACCAUUACAUAUGCAGAUACCGACUUAUGGCCAUGAGCAGAAGGAAAGUACAAAUUGAACCUGUUCUAGAACAUGAGAGGAAAGCCUUGGCCUUACUCAGCACACCUAAUAAAACUCCAUCAAAAACUGUGACUCCUAAAACACCAACCAGUUUGGUGAAAAGAAUGAGCAGAGUAUCUAUCUCAGAGAAGAAUUGGAGUGUCACUAAAAAUGAUGGAACAAAGCUACUCCUCAAAAGAGCUAUACUGGCUGACAAAAACGAAAAGGACUCACCGAAAAAAAAUACACCUAAAGCAACUCCUAAAAAGUCCACAGCAACACCAAAAAGUUCUAAAAAGCUCACCAAUAGCAACAUAGAGGAUGUUUUAUCUAUGGAAUUAAAAGAAAAUUCUGAUGAUGAGAUUCCAACACUGAUCAUAAGGCAGCAUGUACCAACUACACCUAAAAGAAAACAGUCUAUAUCCACAUUAACCAAUGAAGAGACUCCUAAAAAGGUUUUAGUGUUUGAAGAUGAAGACAUGAGGACUCCAACUAGAUCAAGCAGAAUAAAGACAAAUGUUAAUUAUCAAGAGCCUGAAGAGUCUCCUAAGAAAAGAACUCCAAGAAAAUUAAUUCGUAAAACAUCGGAGAGUGAUGAUGACUUUAGGCCAGCUCCUAGGACUCCUAAAACACCAAAAACUCCAAGAACACCUAGAAACAAAACUCCAGCACAGACCCCUAAACGCAGUGUGACCAAAAGAAUUCUGACUAGUCAACUUACACCAACUUUGCAUAACAGAGCUCAUUCAAUAGACAACAUUGAUGAGUUUCUCAAACAAAACAAGUCUUUACCAGGUAGAGAGGGACAAAUGGAAGAAAUACUGUCAUUUGUUAAAACAAAACUGCUAGAUGGAACAAGUGGAUGUAUGUACAUAUCAGGAGUGCCAGGCACAGGAAAGACUGCAACAGUGUCAUCAGCACUGAAAUACUUGAAGGAAGAAGUGGAUCUACCAGACUUCCAACUAGUUGAAGUAAAUGGCAUGAGGAUAGCAGAGCCUAGACAGGCAUAUGUACAGAUAUACAAACAACUUACUGGUAAAUCUGUUGUAUGGGAGCAGGCUUGUUCACUAUUAGAAAAGAGGUUCACCAAUCCAGGACCUCGGAGAACACCAACUGUUCUGUUGGUUGAUGAGCUAGACGCCUUAUGCACCCGUCGCCAAGACGUGCUGUACAGUAUAAUGGAGUGGGCCGCACACAACACCGCGCUGCUAACAGUAUUAGCUGUCGCCAACACGAUGGACUUGCCCGAGCGAGCGCUGGCGGCACGUGUGGCCUCCCGCCUCGGUCUAACGCGCCUCACCUUCCCGCCCUACACACAUACGCAGCUGCAGAAUAUAGUGGCUACGAGGCUCUCUGGUGCUAAUGUCACUGCAGAUGCUGUACAACUUAUUGCAAGGAAAGUGGCAGCAGUAUCAGGCGAUGCUCGACGCGCACUGGCUCUAUGUUCACGUGCGUUAGAACUGGCUGGUCCAGAAGGCGCAGGACUCAAGGAAGUGCAACAAGCACUUGGUGAAGCUGCCUCCAGUGCUGCUGUGAGAGCGAUAAGAAACUGUUCGCCUGCAGAGAGACUUAUGCUCAGGGCUGUGGCUGCUGAGGUGGAAAGAACUGGUUCAGAUGAAACAACUCUAUCCCGUGCGCUUCAAACUGCGGCUGCUAUAGUCGCCCUCGACGGCCGGCCAUACAAAUCCGCGCCCUCUAUUCGUGCCCCCACGCCUUCGCAAGCGCAAGCAAUAUGCGCAAGGCUGGCUGCACUACGGCUAUUGUUACUUGAACCAAAACCAGCCGAACCACGUCUCCUAUUGAAUAUUAGUGCUGACGAAGUACAUUACGCUACAAAGCAAAUUGUUGUAUGAUGAACUUGAGUUCUUUGAUAUAGUUAUUUGAGGAAUAUCUACCUGUUAAAGUAUCAAUUUGUGUUGUAUAAAGAGCAUUCUACAUAACUUGCUUUUGUCUACAGAUAUAACUAUUAAUAUUAAAGGCUCAACUUAUUGUACAAAAUGAUGGAUUCAAUAUAAAAAAGUUCAUAAUUUUUGAAAGUACAACUCUAUGAUAUAAUAUUUGACAUUGAUUUAAUUUGAUGUUUGAAAUGACUGAUAGUGUAAGUUUUAUUUAUUGUGAUAAAUCAAAUAAACUGUUGUAAUACUGAUUGAAUUAUGUUAUCAUUGAAUCUCCAACUUGUAUGAUCUUGAUUAACGCCUCUAUGUUGUUAGCCUGUACUGCCUUUCUACUUGCUGCUACAACUGCCUUGCUGUAUUUACCCACUGUAAAAAUAUAAAGCAAUUAAUAUGUUG